UAGGGGAUUUACGUACUUGUUUGUUCUGUGGAAUAUCAAGAAACUCCUGUUACCAUCAUUUUCACAAGAAAAUCCACCAUUUGCUGAAUUUGCUCCAAGUCCUCCUUCUAUGGAAUCCUCUUCAUGUUCAAUUCUGCAGCCCAUCCUCGGCUUCAGCAACUGCUGCAACAGCAGAAGUACUAGUACUGCUAGUCCUAGAUUAUACUAUAACCGUAGAUUUCCCGAGACCCAUCUCCACAAUCUUUCUCUAUUUUCUCAUACUUCCUCAAAUUCAAGGCUGUUUCACGCCAAAAGGUUGCAAUUUAUGUGUAAUAAUGCCUCAAGCUCAUCUACUAGCAGUGUUGAUCAGAACCCACCUCAGAAACUUGCUGUUCUUCUUGAAGUUGAAGGGGUAUUGAUGGAUGUCUACCGCUUCGGCAAUCGGAAAGCCUUCAACUUAGCAUUUCGAAAGCUUGGACUGGACUGUGCCAAUUGGACUGAACCAAUUUAUUCAGACCUCAUCAGGAGGAGUCGUGGUGAUGAGGAAAAGAUGUUGGUCAUAUAUUUUAACAGGAUUGGUUGGCCUACUUCAGUUCCCACCAAUGAGAAUGCAGCAUUUGUGAAAAGUGUUCUCCGGGAGAAGAAAAAUGCACUGGAUGAGCUUGUGAUGUCAAAGUCUUUCCCACUCAGACCUGGGGUGGAAGAUUUUAUUGAUGAUGCAUGUAAAGAAGGGGUACCUGUUGUCAUAUUGACAGCUUACAGUAAAAUGGGAGAAAAAGUAACAAGAUCCAUUAUUGAGAAACUUGGAAAUGAUCGAAUGUCAACGGUAAAAAUCAUAGGAAAUACAGAUGUAGAGAAGAGUUUGUACGGGCAACUUGUAUUCGGCAAAGGUGUAUCUUCUAGCCUUGAUGAACAGUUAGCCAGGGAAGUGGCUAAAGCAGCUUCUGCUGAGAAACAAAGAAUUGCAAAAGAGGUUGCUUCUAUGUUAAAGUUGAGUGUUGAUAUUGAUACUAGCUCCAGUGAAAGCUUGCAACAUGUUGUGGCCACACUACGGGCAGGUGCUGAAUAUGCAGAGGUUCCUCUCUACAAUUGUGUGCUUAUUGCAGGAGGCCAAUUUGGAGCUACUGGUGCAGAGCGCAUAAGUAUGCCUUGCAUUGUUCUUCGGAGCAGUUUUACAGCCAGAGCUGAGUUCCCUUCUGCGAAUGCUGUAAUGGACGGGUUUGGUGGAGCUGAUCUUACAAUUGCUAGACUGCUAAAGAGACGGUGGUCCUGAUCUCCACUAAGAUGCUCGAUGCCAAGAAUGUUCAGCGUGACACUUGUCGAUGAACUUACCAGACUCAAUUUGGGUUCAAGGCCUUGCUGCAAGAACAAGAUGUCCUGACGUGUACUACCAUUAUGCACAUUCCAGAUGGCACUUUUCCAUGGUGUCAUUCUUGAAACAAAGCAUAUUGCUACAGUUGAAUAGAAAUUAGUCCUGUUGUACUGCUUAGGACAGCUGAAGCUAAUUUUGAACCUAUGCACUACUAGUCGUGUAAGAAUUCAUUUUUCAGCUGAUCAGGCAUUUUCCUUCUUCUGCCGCCCAAUAACUUGAGCCUAGCUGCAUAUGUUUUGCUGAUUUUGCUCUAGGGGUUUUGACUUCAUGAAUUGCUGUGUUUAGAUCAGGAUUUUGAGACUAGUUGAUCACAUUAUGAUCAUGUUGCAAUCGUUUCUUCAUAUGUUUCUGCUUCC